CUGGUGCGUCACGAGGGAGUUCCUUAAAGGGGAAGUGAGCGGGCUCCCGGGCGGACGCGCGGGGCGGCGGUCGGCUGGGGACGCGCCCGGCCCUUCAAAAUAAUGCCCGCGGCAGCCGCGCGACCAUGCAAUGGCGAGCGCUCGUCCUGGGGCUGGUGCUGCUGCGCCUUGGCCUCCAUGCGGUGCUCUGGCUGGUCUUCGGGCUGGGGCCCAGCAUGGGCUUCUACCAGCGCUUUCCGCUCAGCUUCGGCUUCCAGCGCUUGAGGGGCCUCGACGGCUCGGAGCCGGUGGGUCCGCCCGGAGGCCCGGCCUGGCUGCAUCGGCCAAGACGCGGGACGGAGGAGCGGCUCGAGACCCCGCCGGGGCCGGAGUCGGGGUCGGGACCCGGCAUGUGCGGCCCGGCGCACUGGGGCUACGCUCUGGGCGGCCGCGGCUGCGGCCCGGACGAGUACGAGCGGCGCUACAGCGGCGCCUUCCCGCCGCAGCUGCGUGCCCAGAUGCGCGACCUGGCGCGGGGCAUGUUCGUCUUCGGCUACGACAACUACAUGGCGCACGCCUUUCCGCAGGACGAGCUCAACCCCAUCUACUGCCGCGGCCGGGGGCCGGACCGCGGGGACCCUUCAAAUCUGAACAUCAAUGAUGUCCUAGGGAAUUACUCCCUGACUCUUGUUGAUGCCUUGGAUACACUUGCAAUAAUGGGAAAUUCAUCCGAGUUCCAGAAAGCGGUCAAGUUAGUGAUCAACACUGUUUCGUUUGACAAAGAUUCCACCGUCCAAGUCUUUGAAGCUACAAUAAGGGUUCUGGGAAGUCUCCUUUCUGCUCAUAGAAUAAUAACUGACUCCAGACAGCCCUUUGGUGACAUGACAAUUGAGGAUUAUGAUAAUGAAUUGUUGUAUAUGGCCCAUGACCUGGCCGUGCGGCUCCUGCCAGCUUUUGAAAACACCAAGACAGGGAUUCCCUAUCCUCGGGUCAAUCUGAAGACGGGUGUCCCUCCUGACAGCAAUAAUGAAACCUGCACGGCAGGCGCUGGUUCUCUCCUGGUGGAAUUUGGUAUUCUGAGUCGGCUGCUGGGGGAUUCCACUUUUGAGUGGGUUGCCAGACGAGCUGUGAAAGCCCUCUGGAACCUUCGGAGCAACAAUACAGGAUUACUAGGCAAUGUUGUGAACAUCCAGACAGGUCACUGGGUUGGAAAGCAGAGUGGCUUGGGUGCUGGGCUGGAUUCCUUCUACGAAUACCUCUUGAAAUCUUACAUCCUUUUUGGAGAAAAAGAAGACCUAGAGAUGUUUAAUGCUGCAUAUCAGAGCAUCCAGAACUACCUGCGAAGAGGCCGGGAAGCCUGCAAUGAAGGAGAAGGGGACCCACCACUCUAUGUCAACGUGAACAUGUUCAGUGGGCAGCUCAUGAACACCUGGAUUGACUCGCUGCAGGCUUUCUUCCCUGGACUGCAGGUUCUGAUAGGGGAUGUGGAAGAUGCCAUCUGCCUCCAUGCCUUCUACUAUGCCAUAUGGAAACGGUACGGGGCCCUCCCUGAGCGCUAUAACUGGCAACUCCAGGCCCCUGACGUUCUCUUCUACCCGCUGAGACCAGAGUUAGUGGAGUCCACGUAUCUCCUCUACCAGGCAACCAAGAAUCCCUUCUACCUCCAUGUAGGAAUGGACAUUCUGCAGAGUCUGGAAAAAUACACAAAAGUCAAAUGUGGGUAUGCCACGCUCCAUCACGUCAUAGACAAGUCUAAAGAGGACCGGAUGGAGAGCUUCUUUCUCAGUGAGACCUGUAAAUACUUGUAUCUGCUGUUUGAUGAAGAAAAUCCAGUACACAAAUCUGGAACGAGAUACAUGUUUACAACAGAGGGCCACAUCAUAUCUGUGGACAAACGUCUUCGGGAAUUGCCUUGGAAGGAGUUCUUCUCUGAAGAUGGGGAGCGGGACCAAGAGGAGAAGUUUGAACACAGGCCUAAGUCUCAGGAACUUAGAAUCAUUAACUCCAGUUCUAAUUGCAAUCGUGUUCCUGACGAGAGGAGAUAUUCCCUGCCCUUAAAGAGCAUCUACAUGCGCCAGAUUGACCAGAUGGUUGGCUUGAUUUGACCUGCUCACCUAAGUGUGGCCAGACCUUAAACCAAACCCAAGCAUACCAAAAUCUCCUCUGAGAUGAAAGGGGUGGAGUCUGUCCGUCUGUGAUGCUGUAGAAGUUUCUGUCCAGCUCUUACCUCUGCUUGAUUCUUACACUUAGUGUUUCCUUUCUCUUUAAUAAAAUAUCCUAUUUUUCUGAAGGCUACAAUUAGAAAUGGGAAGCUAUGAGGGAGCUUCUUGUGAUAUGCUGAUGUUUUUAAGCACAAUGGAUAUGACCUCUUUGGAUUGUUCUUCGCAACUUCACGCAUAGAAUGCCUAUCUCCUCGCUCUCCCUCCACUUGCUGUGCUGAAGUAUUGCUACCUCUCUGUUAGAGGAUUGGGGAUGCAAUCCUGUGCAAAGGUCCUGAGGUUUACUUGGCAUCACUACUUACUGCAAUGAAAGUGUCAUCUUUUCUCUCCUGGGUUCAUCGUGCUGUCCCCAAGAUAGCCAGCUGUGAUUUUGGAUCACAUGGGGGGGAUUCACCCGGUUUAUUUAUACAGUGUUAACUUGUUUUAGUGUAAUGGUCUAGCCAGAAAUCUGACAGGUAGCCUCUGAAGUUAGAUUGGAAUCUACGAGCUUAACUAACAGAUCUUUUGAGCUGUAAUUUGCAUUUAUUUUCAACAUCAGCUUACCUGAAGAACUCCUGUGGUUCCAGAACCAGGUGCCUUCUAGGGAGACGAAAACCUUAGGAUUGUGUGAGCUUCCAUCUCUCGUGUUUCAUAACCAAGGAUGCUCAAUGCUGACUAUCUUUGGGUUAGACUUCUGUUCUUGUUGGUUUAUGUGUAGUGCCAAUUAGCUAAUCAGGGACAAAGAAAUGAUCAGAUGACUUUCUGAUAUCCUUGAGCCAUUUCUCUAUUCGAUACAGGCUUUAGAUUAGUGCCUUAUGGGUUUUGUUCGGGCCAUUGGCUGUCACAGCCACUGUGGUGCCUGUAGGCAGCUUGUUUUGUAUUGCCAUAUGAUGGGACCAAUAAAGGACAGGGCGAGUAUGAGGAAGAUUCCUGGAAAUCAGUUUGUCAGUCUUUGCCUUUUCAACCUGUGAUUGUAGCCAGGCCUAAAAGAGGAAAUUACGAGAAAAUACCUUUUGUUGUUUCUUUAGCUGAAAUAGAAAGCUCUCUGAAUUUACACAGACUGUUCCUAAAGAGCAGAGCUGGGCCUGACCCCUGACCUGGCCUUCUUGCAUUGUGACAUGUCGGAAGGCAUCCUAGACAAAGUGUGGGCAAUCUAUUAGAAAGCUCACGUAUCUUGUGUCUUCCCUGUGUACUGUGUAUACACUUAAAAUUAGUUCAUUCCAGUGUCCUAUAGCCAGGAAAAAAGCCUUUGAGCCAUUUGAUUUUAGUCAAAAGGGAGAAAUUGUAUUCUUUCUUCAAAAUGUGUUACCAUUUUGAAAAUAGAUGUGUCAUUCAGUUCCUUGGCAUUUUUAGAAUGGGGUUUUCAGUAGUGAAUGUGUCACCUUUUAAACGCUUACUAUGCAAUUGGUUUUAUUUAUUUGUUAUAUUAAAUGCUUCUGCUUCCUUUUGAUUUCACAAACAUUGUUCUGUGUGUCAACAGUGUCUCAUCUGCUGUAUAGAAAGCUUUCUUUGAGAAAAUGAUCUAUCUUACAUGUUUUUGUUAACUUAGUAAAAAUGUUAAACAUAGGCUUGCAUAGGCAUGCGUGCAUGUAUGUGUAUGUGUGUGCAUGUGUGUACCCCUUUUUAUCUUUGCUCCAGGCAAAAAUCACAUGUGACUAAAUGAUCCACUAAGGACACUGAAGCUCUAUCAGGGAAGGAAGUCAUUCUUCAUGCUUCUUUACCAUGCUCUCCAUGUCUUUGGUUUGUGACAACAGUAGGGUUUGUCAGCACCCAACAGUCCUCUCUCACUGGGCUUUUCACCUAUCGCUCUUGAGUGGGCUUGGGCUGUUUCUUCUCCCUGUGCUCUUGGACUAUGAUCUGUGUCUGGAACUAAGUACCAUGGUGCCUUGAGUGAUAUCAGUGGGUCUCAGGGGUACAGGCAGACAUGCAGUGUAUUUUAUUGAGUCUCAAACCCUCUUGACUUUUGGGUACUGGACUUUUCACCUGUUGAAAAGGCUGGGGGUAAGUCAGAUAAUGCCUAUAAAUCCUAGUUACUGAGCUUCUGGACUGCUCAGGCCACAGUCAGUGAUUUGUGGGGCCAGAUGAAGAACACUGGUGCCAGUCAUAUAAAGAACAUUAUUUGAGUCAAGUUCAGAGCUGACUUACUUGCUUUCUGAAACAUCAAAAUGUCAGCAACUAUGAUGUACAUCUUGCAGUAUGUUUGCUAUUCCCUUCUGGUCUGUGUGCUGAAAUAUGGGUAGAAAUUCUCUCAUUCUCUGCUUUGUUCCAGGAAUACCUGGACUGUGAACAGAUAGCUUUGCAGAUGUUUGCAACGUCUGUAGAGCUGGACCAUGCAUGUUCAAAGUGUAUCAGGCUGGCUUAUAGUUAGGUAUGGAGGAGUCCAGUUCUCCUACAACCAACAGACUUGCCUUAGCUGCAAUAAAUACUGUGACAGAGGAAUUCCUCCUAGAAGUGGGUGACAAAGGAAUGUUUGGUGGCUCUGAUUGCUUUGAUCGUUGAGAAAAAACAGGUUUGUUUUCCAAAGCUUCCCUUUAAAUUCUUCCUGAUCUGCUAGAACUCGCUUUUUGUAACUGAAUUUCUAGUUCUGAUGAUGUCUGGGCUUUUCUGACCUUGGAUUUUGGCCUCUGCGCAUGAUAUUCAAAUAGUUUUUUGUGUGUUGAAGGGAAAACACAUAAGGGUAAUGCCUGUGCAGGUGAGUGUCAGGGAAUCCAUAUUUUACUGGUCAGAUUAAUGCAGUUGUCUCCAUGCUGUCUCCUCUUUCCUCUCACCCCUGUGGAAGAAAAAUAUCCCACUUAGUCAUCUCCUUCUCAGCUGGGUGAAUGAGUGUCCACUGUAGUUCUUCAAUCUGGGUCUUGUAGACUCUCCAUCAGACAUCCCUUUCCUUCAGGGCACUGAGGUCUUGUUCUCUUGGCAUGCACACAUUUAGUGCUGGUCAGAGGCUAGGCCUGAGUGAUCACCUCAGUCACAGAGUGGCUGAGCAGGGACUUGAGAAGAAGGUGCUGAUCUUUGCUCUUCCGCUCCAGCUGUCCAGCACCUACUCUAGUGCCUCUUCCCUGCGGGGCAGGGACUCCUUGUGAAUUGGAGAAGGUGAUGUGUGUGGGCUGUGUGGCCCCAAUUCACCGGGGUUCAGGGUUAUGGUCCCCCUUGAAUUUGGAUGUGAAUCUCCUAAAGAUGUCAAGUACCUGUGAAACCCACCUUCACUACUUCCCUCUUUCUGAGAGGAGGACAAAUAAGAUUUUUAAGGUGUUUGGUUUUAGUGUUAAAUAGAAAAACAUAAGCUGCAUACAGCUUUAUUUAUUACAUACAUGAAUAGUAAAUCUGUUUUUGCAAAACAAAACAAAAAAAAAACUAGAGUUGGAAACUCUGGGAUAACUUACCGAGAUGCACAGAUACUUCUCUCUCUCUCUCUCUCUGUGAUGUGCAAUAUGCUUGGUGACCAUAGAUGAUACUUCAUGUUUAAUCUGUAAAUAAGAAAUGUAUUUAAAUAUAAUGGGAGAUUUUUGUAAAAGGACCAAAUGUUCUUUUAUAAAUGUACUAAGGAAUAUCUUGCUCUUUGAAAUUUAUUAGAAUUUUUAUGAAUAAUUUUUAUUAAAAGAUUCUUUUUUGAGUUGUCA